GGCCGGACGACCUCUUCCGGGGCGGUAUCGCACCAGCAGCAAAGCACGUGCGCUGUUGACGACUUUAUUUCCUCUUUGCCAUGGUCGUGUCGAGAGUUCAAACGAAACAUUGUCGAGAACCAAAACUGAGAUGCGACACCUGCUGCCCUCGGCCCUUACCAGACCCUCCUCUCUCGCCCGUCAGCCCCACGUCCUCCCACGCCGCCGUCUAGCCACCUCCGGCAUCGCUUCCAUGGCCACCAAAGCAGCAGCAGCAGCCCCUGGGACGACCAGGGGACUGGAGAACCCCGUCAUCUUCGUGUGUGACAUCCAAGAAAAGUUCAGGAACGCCAUCUGGGAGUUUGACAAGGUCGUCCUCACGGCACAAAAGGUCAUCAAGGCGGCCCAGGUGCUCUCGAUCCCCAUCUACGCCACGACGCAGAACCGGGCCCGACUAGGCGCCACGGUGCCCGAGCUGGACCGACUCCUGGCCGCGGCCGGCCCGCUUACGCGCGAGCACUCGGACAAGACGCGCUUCUCCAUGUGGACGCCGUCGGUCCAGCACGCCCUUGCCCGGGACCUCUCCUCUUCCUCCACCACCACCACCACCACCACCAACACCAACGCCAACGCCAACGCCCCUCCUCCUCCUCCUCCGACGGCGUCCGUCGCCAUCGUCGGCAUCGAGUCCCACAUCUGCGUCACGCAGACGGCGCUGGACCUGCUGCGGGCCGGCCACCGCGUGCACGUGCUCGCCGACGGCGUCAGCUCGUGCAACCGCGAGGAGGUGCCGCUGGCCCUGGCCCGCCUGCGCGCCGAGGGCGCCGUCGUCACGUCGAGCGAGGCCUGGCUGUACGAGGUCGUGGGCGACGCGGCCGCGCCAGAGUUCCGCGCCAUCGUCGGGCUCGUCAAGGAGUCGUCGUCCGACACGGCCGCGGCCCUGAGAUCGCUGCACCCGGCCAAGAUGUGAGAGGGAAAGAGGGAAAGAGAGAGGGGGGAGGAAAGAAGGCAAACCUGUCUAUCCGUCUGGUUUGUACUGAUCACAUUUAUCGCAACUCUUGCAGCUCUCUUCGGAAGAAAUCCGUCUCUCUAGCUGCUGAUUCACCAGCAUAGUAUCGUGUCAAAGGUGGAAACAGACAGACUUUACUUCGUAGAUAUACAUAGACAUCAUCUCUCACCA